GAAGAAGAAGAAUCUGGCGUUAGGUAGCAAAAUGAAAACACACGCUCACGUAAAUAUUUCUGAACCGGAAGACGACUAGGAUCGAUGGGCGCAUGAGAGCGACCCUUGCACCUGGAUGCUUCUUCCGCCGGUUUGGGUGCCUGCAGCCAGGACCGCUUGGAGCUUAUGGCCGCAGCGGUUCCCCGGAGGUUCCGCGGGGCUCCAGCCUGCCUGUGCGUCCUCUGCGGGCUGCCUGCCGCGGGGAAGUCGACGCUGACCCGCGCGGUCCUCGGUGCCGCCGCGGAGCGCGGCUGGAGAGCGGCGGCGGUGUCCUACGAUGAGCUGAUCCCCGAGCAGGCUUAUUUCACGGAGGCGGAGGAGCACACCAAUUGGAAGUCCCACAGACAGGCGGUGUUGCAGAGCAUCGAGCAGUUCUUGGAGCAGCGUGAAGGGGCGGUAGAUCUGCCAAGCAGCCCUCUCGUCAAUGAAGCCACGUGGCAACUAUGUCUUCGAUCUCUGCUGCAGCCCGAAGAGUUGAACCCUGAUGGGGCGCCGCUGCUUUUUCUUUUAGAUGACAACUUCUACUACCCGAGCAUGAGAUACGAAGUGUACCAGCUCGCAAGAAAGCUUUCGCUGGGUUUCUGCCAGGUGUAUCUGCGGUGCGACUUGGAGACCUGCAUCAGAAGAAACCAAAGCAGGCCUCGACCCGUUCCCGUCCAAGUGAUCGUGGAGAUGGAGAAGCGUCUGGACUCUCCGAAUCCACAAAAGAACCCGUGGGAGUUCCGGAGCAUCUCACUCAACUCGACAAACGACGUGUCCAAGUCUGACAUCCAGAGAGUAAUGGAGUUGAUCUCUACGGCGCUUAAUAAUCCGUUGAGCCCAGCUGAAGAGAACACUGAACAAAAGGAAGCUGAUCGUCUCAAAUGUGCCCAGAGCGUGGUCCACCAGGCUGAUCAGGCCUGUCGCCGCCUGAUAUCCGAGGCUAUGAAGGCUGCCAGAGAAAGCCACGUCCCUUCUGAACAUAUGCGGGCUCUGGCUCCUCGGCUGAACGAAUGCAAAGCGGCAUUCCUCCGCGAUCUGCGGCACCAGUUCCUGCAGGAGACGCGCUUCCUUCCAGAGGAGGACGUCGAUGUGGAGCAGGUGGUGAAGAGAGCAGUGGAGAGCGUUUUUGAUGGCAGAAAGAAUGAGAUCAUUUCACAAUUUAUUGACAACCAUGAAACAACGUGAUUUUUCCUUCUUCUUUUUUAAGAUGAUCUCAAGGAGCUUAUCGUGAAUGUUUGACGUCUGUAUAUAUUUAUAUUAAAAUAAAAUGUAUUUUUGCUGAGUA